AUGAAGGUCGAUCCGUGCAAAACACUGCUCGAGAUUAUCGAGGAAGGCCACUCCGAACAAAACACGAGCUCAAGGGCCAUUACACUUCACGCAGCUGCAGCACUCGAGUCCCAGAUCGCAGACGGCCAGCCAGCUGCCAGCGUCCACCGCCCUCCAUCUCGUCGCACCGCACGUCGCCGACCACAGCCCUCAUCUUGUUGUCAAUCAACUGGUAGUAUGACUUCAACUCCAGCACUUGCUCUUGUAAGAUCAGAAGAUCCAGCUUGGGCCCAUGCGCGUGCAGUGCCAGGGGCAAGAACUAAUACUGAAUGUUUAUAUUGUAAUAACGUAAUUAGAGGUGGCGGGAUCACUCGGUUGAAGUAUCAUCUAGCUGGGAUUCCAGGCGAUGUAGAAGCAUGUAAAAAGGUCACUGAAGAUGUAAAAUGUAUGGAGGGACAGUCUCAACUUUCAAAAGGAAAGAGGAAGUCGAAAGAAUCUGGAACUGGAAAAUCAGUGGGGGGAUUGAGUAGAUUUUUUGCUCCAAGAACAACUCCUGGGGCCCAACUUUCAAUUAAGAGUUCUAUGUCUUCAAAUGAGAUGAUUGUAAAAGCAAAGAUGGUUGUAGCAUGCUGGUGGUAUGAUGCUAAUCUGCAUUUCAAUGCAGCUCAAUCCAAGUUUUAUCAACCAGCUAUCGAUGCCAUGACUGCCAUCGGGCCAGGAUUCAAGGGCUCAUCUUUAUAUGAGUUGAAAGGAAAUUUGUUAAAGAUGACUGUAGAUGAGGUUCAAGAUUAUUUGCAACAAAUUAAGAAGUCUGUUGAUACAUCUGGCCUUAGAAAAGAUCCUGAAACAUUGUUUAAUAUCUUUGAUGAGGUUGUUCAAGAAAUUGGAGCUGAGAAUCUUGUGCAGUUCAUAACGAACAAUGAUGCAAGUUAUAAAGCUGCAGGAAAAAAGUUACAACAGAAGUAUGGCUCUUUCUACUGGUCCCCAUGUGCAGCUCAUUGCAUAGACUUAAUGUUGGAGAAUUUUUCUGAUCCAAGAUAUUUUUCCCUUAUUGAUGAUGCUAUAAAAAAAAAAGAACUCAGACAAAUGUUUACUUGUGAUAAAUGGAUUGCAUCAAGUCAUUCUAAGAGCAACAAAGGGAAGGAGAUAACUGAGAUCGUUUUAGAAGAUAAAGAGUUUUGGGCUCAAUGUCAAUUUAUUGUCAGAGUUAGUGAGUCUUUGGUUCGUGUUCUAGGACUUGUUGACGAGGAUGAGAAGCCUGCAAUGGGAUACUUGUAUGAUGCAUGCAAUGGAAAGAGCCAAAGAGAACAUAAAAGCAAGAUACAAUAA